AUGGCUGAAGAUGAGGAGCCCAAGUACUGUGACUUGAUACCCAGCAUGGUGAAAGAGACUACGCUUCUGUGUCUGGCAAAGCUGCCUCCUCCAAUGGUGGCGGUGGGUCGAUGCGUGUGCCGCUCAUGGAGAAAAGCCCUCGCUAAUCCCACAUCUCUCCGCCGCUCUCUCAGCAUUCCCCCCAACCACCGCCUCUUCCUCGCCCUCUUCCAGACAGAAUGCGACCCGGGAUACCGACAGGCAACUCACCACAACACCGAAUGGCUGCUCUUGAGAAAAUCCUCCUCCUCUUCUUCUUCUUCUUCUUCCCCUACCCUCUCUCUGUGCAACCCACUCUCUCAAAUCUCCUCCUGCAUAAACCUACGCAGCAUGGCGGUAAACGACAGCGUGCUGUUUCCGGAACUCCCCUCUCUGGUCGACAACAAAAUCGCGAGGUUCCUAUCUUACAGGUUGGAAGACCAACGGUGGAGCGUUGUUCCAUCUUUCCCAUCGGGCUAUAAAGAUAUCAGACUCUACGCAUGCGCAGCGCUGGGCGAUUUCAUUUAUUUCAGCGGUGGGCGAGAUGAGCUGAACGAACAGGCAACAACAAGUGGUGUCCGGUACGACACGGUGAACCGGCGGUGGGAAAGCCUACCGGACAUGAUAAUGUCGCGCAUCGAUUGCACAGGGAUUGUUUUGGACGACAAAUUUGUUGUAAUCGGAGGCUCUUACAAGGAUUGA